AUGGGUUUAACUAAAACAAUUUCUAAAGCAAAAGAAGUAGUUUAUUGGCCCUAUAUGGUAAAUGAUUUUAAAAAUUUUCUGUCUAACUGUAUACCUUGUAACAAGUAUAAGAGAGCUAAUAUAAAGGAACCUCUAAUGUCUCAUGAACUAGCAUUACAUCCAUAUUUUAAAGUAGGUGUAGAUCAUGCUGAAAUAGCUGGAAAAGUUUAUUUAUUGGUAAUUGAUUAUUAUUCAAAAUGGUUUGAAGCAAUUAAAGUUCCAUCAAAGAGUAUCAAUGUAGUAAUAAGGGAAUUAGAAAAACUAUUCUCUCAAUUUGGUAUACCCAAUGAAAUAAUCUCAGACAAUGUGCCUUUCAAUGCACAUGAAUUUAAUUUUUUUUGUACAAGUAAUGAUAUUAAACAUAAACGUAUAAGUCCCAAAAAUAUAGACUUAAGUAAAUGUUGUUAA